AUGUGUCCAGUCCCACAGAUCUGGAAUGGGAAAGUAUCUGUUCUCAAGUAUCGCUACACGUACAGAGACACUGUUACCUUCAGGUGCAGUGAAGGUUUCACCCUGCGAGGCCACCACACAGCCCAGUGCCAGGCGGAUAAAACGUGGGACCCCCCCGUACCAGUCUGUGAGCAGGUGGUGAAGUGUCUGCAUCCUCCACGCAUUGCUAAUGGGAAACACAGCAGGCACUUCUCAGACACUUUUGGUGUAGGAGCCCUUGUGCACUAUCACUGCAAACGGGGCUUCUCCCUUGUUGGGAACAAGUCUGUUCGUUGUACAGCACCUGGAGUCUGGAGCCGUCCCCUCCCUCGCUGUGAAGUUGUGAAGUGUCUCCAUCCUCCAAACAUCACCAAUGGGAAGCUUAAAGGCAACAUCUCUGACAGUUUUUCCUAUGGACAAUCUGUAUCCUACACCUGCAAUCCUGGCCAUGCACUGCUUGGGAAUGCUUUCAUCAACUGCACGGUGUCAGGAACCUGGAGCCAGCCACCUCCUCAGUGCAAAGAGGUCAGAUGUGUAUUCCCAGAAGUUCCAGGUGUUAAGAAAGCCAUACAAGGAAAUACUUAUAGCUCAGGGACCAAGCUCACUCUUGAAUGUGAUGAUGGUUACACGCUGGAAGGCGUCAGCCAGAUUCAGUGUCAAGAGGACUUCAGCUGGGACUCUCCUCUACCAGCCUGUAAACUGACAUCACCCAAGUCUGGUUCAGUAGGCCUGGGGGUGGCAGCUGCAGGAGUCCUGCUUCUCCUGGGGGCAGGCAUUGUCUGGAUUAUUAUUUCUAAGCAGAAGGAAGGCUACUAUAAUACAUAUGAAAGCUACAGUUACCAAACCACUCUCACCCCGAUCACUGAACAGAAAUUCUCAUGUCUUCCACAGAAGUACUCUAAAGAGAUGACCUAG